GGGGCAUGGAGCCAGGGUUCCUGGGUUGUGUUCCCAGUUUGGGGAGGGGUGUGGGGGAUAGUGGGGCCAGAACUCAAGGAGGGGAGUCAUGACUAGUGAUUAGAGCUGGGAAGGGAAUAAGGAUAGAAAAGGGUAACAGACUGGGUAAUGCUUACCAGUAACCAGUUAACCGGUGGGCUGGCCAUACCUGAGCUACUUUCUAAAUGACACUUUAUAUCCCUAAUAGGAGCCAGGGUUCCUGGGUUCUCCCCCUGGUUCUGGGAAGGGUUCUGGCAGGAUUUUGGUUUCUCUCUCUGAUCUCCCCAUGCCUCAGUUUCUCCCAUCUGUGGUAUGGGGAUAGUUGGACUUGCUGAGGACAUUGCUGAAUGUGUAUAAUUUGGCGGGGGGACCAGGAGAGGCCAUGCUUUGUAGCAUGACCCUCUGGGUGCCUGUGGGCACCAAGCUCAGGGCUGGUGAGGGCAGGCCAGUGCCAGUGACCUCAGGCCAGGCAUAUCUGUUGUUCUGGCCUUUGGCUGCUGGUGUUGGCAGUUCCAGGCUAUGGUCUCCCUCUGUGGGCCAGUCACUCAGGACAGUCCUGUCUCGGCAGCUCAAGGAAGCCAUUGAGCUGGAGCUGAAGGAGAUGGGGCUUCAGGUAACACCCUUCACCAUGACCAAGGUUAUCCAGCUCUACGAGACCAAGAACUCUCGCCACUCCACCAUGAUCGUGGGCAACACAGGCAGUGGCAAGACAGUCACCUGGCGCACACUGCAGGCCACCAUGUCAACCCUGUGCCGAAAUGGGGACACCACCUACAACCUCGUCAGGGACUUCCCCCUCAACCCGAAGGCUGUGUCCCUGGGCGAGCUGUACGGAGAGUAUGACCUCAGCACCAAUGAGUGGACAGACGGCAUCCUGUCUAGUGUCAUGCGGACAGCCUGUGCAGACGAGAAGCCGGAUGAGAAGUGGAUCCUGUUUGAUGGGCCAGUGGACACACUGUGGAUUGAGAGCAUGAACUCAGUGAUGGACGACAACAAAGUUUUGACCCUGAUCAACGGGGAGCGCAUCUCCAUGCCUGACCAAGUCUCGCUGCUCUUCGAGGUGGAGAACCUAGCGGUGGCCUCACCUGCUACUGUCUCCCGCUGUGGAAUGGUCUACACAGACUACAGUAACCUGGGCUGGAAACCCUAUGUCCACUCCUGGAUCGAGAAGCGCCCCAAGGUUCUUGGGAGUGCAGAGGGAAUGGGGCAUAGGCUCAGCAAGAGGUGCUCUCCUGGUCGUCAGUGCAGCAUUAGAGGUGCUGUGCUGCAGGGAGCAGGGCCCAGGGCUUUUCCAGGGCAGUCAAUACUGGCCCCAGUGUAAUGGUAAAGAGUGUUGUGCUUCAGGGAGCUAGGGGUGAGGGAGGUUGUUUCUGGGCAGUUCGUGCUGGCCCCAGUGCAGUGCUAAAUGGCACCGUUUAGCUGGAAGCGGGGCAGUGGAUUUGGGCUGAGGAGCACUGUCAGAGCUGGGGCUUUGAGCCCAAGGCUGAAAUUGGAGGAGAGGUUGCGUGUCAGGAGUGAGAGGCACCAGCUAAGCCAUGGUAGGAAGCCCAUGAAUGGAAUAGUCUAAUCUUUCUGUGUACCUCAGUGCCUGUGAGGGAGCUUAGUUCUUCUUCUAGUGGUUCCUCAUGUCCAUUCGAAUUAGGUGUGCGCAC